CCGGAUCCCCGCGCACGUGGGGGUCCCAGGCAAUGAACUGGCAGACAAGAUGGCCAAGAAGGCCACCGGAUGGCGCCCUGGCACCCCCGCUAUCAGGGUUCGCAAUCAAGCCGCUGCAAUCGGCAGUGGAUUGGUGGAGUAGGGAGUCGACACCAACGGCGUGGAAGGAGGACUGGCAGCGCUCCGGCAGCUGCUCCCCGAGGUAAGUAAGCGACAUUUAGACAUCUACAAGGGACUCACCCUGGCGGAGAGGAACGCUCUGGUCCAGGUCCGCACUGGGAAGAUCGGGCUCAAUGGGUGGCUCUUUUCAGUCGCCCGAGCACCAUCAGACCAGUGCCCGUGCCAACUGGCUUGGGAAUCCCUGCCGCACGUCCUCAUUCGUUGCCGACUCUACGAGGGCAUGCGGGGAAGUCCGCACGCCUCCUGCUAGAGACGGGCCGACUAACCUACUUGCUUCCCCCGAAGGCGCCGGAGCAGAUUCUCCACGGGGAAGGGACGACGGAGGAGGAGGUGGAGGUUGGGGCAGAAGGCUAGGCCUCCCAGGAGGCAUCGUGCGGGAACCUAGGGGCUCGCAGGCUCUAGGUGGCGGUGUCAGAGCCAUUGUCGAUAGAUCGUUCCUCCCUUUUCCUGUAUUUUGCAGCCCGGAGAGCGCUGUCCAGCCCGGCGUGCCGUGGUUUCAACCUUUUUGGUCUUCGGGAUUCCCCAAGGCUAGUGUUACUAUAGGUGGCGUGAGCUGUCUGGUUUAUUGGUUUAUCUAGUUAGGCGUAAUCUUAGGUACAGUGGGCAUUAUAUACAAUGGGUUUACAGUGAGCGUUACAAGGAUUAAUGGGGUUAUGGGAAGCGUAUAGA